AUGGCGCAAAUCGACACUCUCGACCUCGUCGUCCUCAUCGCGCUUCUGGUGGGAAGCGUUGCCUACUUCACCAAAGGCACCUAUUGGGCCGUCGAAAAGGAUCCCUACAGCUCCUCCGUCUAUGCCUCCGCCAAUGGAGCCAAGGCCGGCAAGACAAGGAACAUCCUCGAGAAGAUGGAUGAGAGCGGCAAGAAUUGUGUGAUCUUCUACGGCUCGCAGACCGGCACUGCCGAGGACUACGCCUCGCGCCUGUCCAAGGAAGGCUCUCAGCGUUUUGGUCUGAAGACUAUGGUCGCUGAUUUGGAAGAAUACGACUAUGAAAAUCUCGACCAGUUUCCCGAAGACAAGGUCGCUUUUUUCGUUCUGGCAACCUAUGGCGAGGGCGAACCAACCGAUAAUGCUGUGGAUUUCUACCAAUUCAUCACCGGGGACGAGGUCGCGUUCGAAAGCGGUGCUAGUACUGAAGAUAAGCCCCUCUCCUCGCUCAAGUACGUCGCUUUCGGUCUCGGAAACAACACCUACGAAAAGUACAACUACAUGGUGCGAGAAGUCGAUGCUGCUCUGACCAAAUUGGGUGCUAAGAGAGUCGGUGUACACGGCGAAGGCGACGACGGCGCCGGAACUAUGGAGGAAGACUUCCUCGCCUGGAAAGAGCCCAUGUGGGCCGCUCUCGUUGAAAACAUGGGCUUGGAGGAGCGUGAAGCCUCCUACGAGCCCGUCUUCUCCGUCACUGAACAGGAAACCCUGACUGCUGAAGAUUCCACCGUCUACCUUGGUGAGCCUAACCUCAGCCACCUAGAAAGUGGUGGCAAAGGCCCAUACUCUGCGCACAACCCGUACAUCGCUCCCGUUUCCGAAUCUCGUGAACUUUUUACCGUCAAAAAUCGCAACUGCCUACACAUGGAAAUCGAUGUUGCCGGAAGUGGGCUACACUACCAAACCGGUGACCACAUCGCAGUUUGGCCCAGCAAUGCAGGUGUAGAAGUCGAUCGCUUUUUGAGAGUCUUUGGUCUCGAUGGGAAGCGCGACACCGUUAUCAAGCUCAAAGGCCUCGAUGUUACCGCCAAGGUGCCUUUCCCGACCCCCACCACGUACGAUGCUGCCAUUCGCUACUACAUGGAAGUUUCCGGUCCAGUUUCUCGUCAAUUUGUCAACACCCUCGCUGCGUUUGCUCCAGAUGAGGCUUCCAAGACUGAGUUGGUGCGCCUCGGAAGUGACAAGGACUACUUCCACGAGAAGGUCAGCAACCAGUGCUUCAACAUUGCGCAGGCCCUCGAGAGCGUUACCAAAACCCCGUUCACCGCCGUGCCAUUUUCAUGCUUGGUUGAGGGCAUCAACCGUAUCCAGCCUCGUUACUACUCUAUUUCGUCAUCUUCUCUGGUUCAAAAGGACAAGAUCAGUAUCACCGCCGUCGUCGAGUCCGUGCGCAUUCCUGGUGCCACUCACAUCGUCAAGGGUGUCACCACGAACUACUUGCUCGCACUCAAACAGAAGCAGCACGGAGACCCUAGCCCAGAUCCCCAUGGUUUGACCUACUCCAUUACUGGCCCCCGAAACAAGUACGACGGCAUUCAUGUUCCGGUUCACGUCCGUCACUCGAACUUCAAAUUGCCAUCGGACCCUUCCAAGCCCAUUAUCAUGAUCGGGCCCGGUACCGGCGUUGCCCCUUUCCGUGGUUUCGUCCAGGAACGUGCUGCUUUGGCAGCCAAGGGAGAAAAGGUGGGAACUACUGUACUCUUUUUCGGUUGCCGAAACAGCAAGGAGGACUUUUUGUAUGAGGAUGAGUGGAAGACCUAUCAAGAACAACUCGGCGAUUCUUUCAAGCUCUUCACUGCAUUUUCCCGUGAAGGUCCUCAAAAGGUCUAUGUCCAGCACCGCUUGCGCGAGAACGCAGCCCUGGUCAACGAUCUUUUGCAGCAAAAGGCUAAUUUCUACGUUUGUGGAGACGCAGCCCACAUGGCCCGUGAGGUCAACACUGUUCUUGGCCAGAUCGUGGCUGAAAAGCGUGGCAUCUCCUCUGAGAAGGCGGAAGACGUUGUCAAACAUAUGCGGAGCAAUGGAACCUACCAAGAAGAUGUCUGGUCAUAA